AUGGGGUUUGUUUUCUUCCUUAACCCCUGUGCCAUGGUUGUCCCUGACAUUGAACUGACCUAUGAAAUUAUGUUGGCUGCUGCAGGGUUUAUUGAUGCACGUCUGUUAGCCUGGAAGUUUAUUACUUUGCGUACUUUCCACAGGGAACUGCUCUCUAAACAGUGCCACUGUGACUGGAGUCUGUCAGUUCUGACAGCUGCUGGUUCACUGAAAAGAGAAGACAAGAACAGACCUGAGGACCAGAUGCUUAUGCAAGCUUUAAGAGAUUUCACUUUGCCUAAAAUGAUGACAGAUGAUAACCCAAUUUUCAUGGGCCUAACUAAUGACCUGUUUCAAGUUCUGGAUGUUCUGAGAAAGAAGAACCUGCAAUUUGAACAGAUGGCUGAACAGUCUACCCUGGAGUUUCACUUGUAGCCUGAAGAGAUCUUAAUUCUCAAGGUCAUUCAGCUGGAGAAGCUAAUGGUAGUGCACCAUGUGUUUGUGGUUGGCAAUGCAUGCACUGGAAAGAGCGAGGUCCUGUCCCUUCUCUUUACAUACUAUAUGAGCAUGAAACAAAAAUCAAAUUGGAAUGACCUCAAUCCAAAAGCUCUGACAGCCUGUGAGCUGUUCGGUUUUAUAAACCAUGCAACCCAAGAAUGGAAAGAUACACAAGCAACUCAGGCUCCAAGUCCAUUUAACCAUAUGAGUAUUGAAGUAGUGCCCACAAAAACUGUAUGCCACAAUUUCCUGUUUUAUGCACAGGUAAGUAGGAAUUUUCCUGAGGGGAUUAAAAACUGGUGGAUAAAGCAAUAUGGAGAUGAUGAUCAGAUGUUAUCUGUUAUCAACUAUCUUGAAAUAAGGAGAGCAACUUUUCUUUCUACUUGCUCAUUUAUUGGAAAGAAACAGAAUGCUGACAUGGAGAUAAUGUAUGCUGGGAUGCCAGGAGUGCACUGGCACAAAAAUAUUUGUGGUAAAAAGAAUCUGAGAAAGUUCAUUACAAGGGUUGCUAAAGACUACAUUACGUUACUGCUUUUUAUCACUGAGUGCCAGAUCAGUUCUGUCCCGGGAACCUUUAAGGAUUAUGUACUUCUGGUUGCAGCAGGUGGUAGUGAUAAACAAAGCUUGUCAAGGCUGGCAGCAUGCAUCUCUUCCCCGGCGGUCUUUCAAAUUAUAUGGAAGAAAGACUGUGGAAGCCAGGACCUGAAAGUAGAUAUUGCCAGUAUGUGCAUCAAGACUGGUGCCAAGAACAUACCCACAGUGUUUUCGCUAACAGAUGCCCAAGUUCCAGAUGAACGCUUUCUUGUGCUGAUUAAUGACUUGUUGGCAUCAGGAGAUCUUCCUGAUCUGUUCACUGAUGAAGAUGUGGAGGGCAAAGUUGCAGGAGUCAGAAAAAAAGUCCCUGACCUGGACUUGAUGGACACCACAGAAAGCUGAUGGAGGUGGUUCUUCAGUGAAAUGCAGACUCCCAGGUCUUCUGCAGACUUGAUUCCAGCUGGCAGCCCCCAGCAUGCCCUGGUGCAUGGAUCUGUUCUGCAGAUGAUGAAUUUUGUAAUUCCUAUUGAAAUUUGUGAGGUAGAAGAUCUAAAAUUCAAACUUGCUUCACAAGAGGCAGAACUGCAACAGAGAAAUCAAGAUGCUGAAGCUUUGACUGCUAAGAUAGGGUUUCAGACUGAGAAAGUGAGCCAAGAAAAGGCCAUUGUCAAAGCAGAGGAGCAAAAGGUUAAUCUUACAGAUCUGAAAGCCUUCACCAACCAGUGGCUGCAACAAAUGCCGGAGCUGAAGGCUCAGACCACCCUCAUUAUUUUCACUGUCACCAGGGACAGGCUGGAAGAACAGCUGUUUUCUGAGGACCAGUUUCCUGACUUGGAAAACCAUAAGUCAGUGCUGGAGAAGCAGAAGGACCUCUUUGAAAUCAAACUCAAGCAGCUUGAGACCAAAAUGCUGCUCAGUCUGUCAGCUGCCCAGAGCAGUUUUGUAGGUGGCAGUGAACUUGUAGAGAAAUUUGAGUCAACUGCCAGAGAAAUAUAUUGCAAGGCUAUGGAAGUGAUGGAUGUGUUCAAAAAGAAUUCUGUGGAAGCAGAGUGUAGCUUGAGAUAUGUGGAAGGCAAAGGAAUGGAUUUAGUAAAGUCAUACAAAGAAAGCAGUCCAACCUGUCCUUUGUUUUUCUUUCCAUCUCCAGGUGCAAACCCAUUUGAAGACAUGGAGAUCUAGGUAAAAAAAGCUUCCACUAUAGACUCUGGAAGAUUUCAUAUCUCUUUAGGACAAGGGCAGGAGAUGGUUGUGGGAGGACUUGAUAAGGCUGCCAAGUAUGGCCACUGGCUGCUUCUCCAAAGUAUUUAUGUGGCAGCUAAGUGGCUAGGAAUCUUGGAAAAACUCCUUGAGCAAUACAGUGAAGAAAGUCACUCUGAUUUCCAUGUCUUCAUUAGUGCUGAACCAGCACCAGCCCCAGAAGAGCGCAUUGUUCUUCAAGGAAUACUUGAAAACUGGAUUAAAAUUACCAGAGGAACUCCUGUAAGGAUGCUAGCUGAUCUAUACGCUGCCCUCUACAGUUUUGGCCAGGAUACCCUUGAACUGUGUGGCAAAGCACAGGAGUUUAAGAGCAUCCUUUUUUCAUUAUUUUCGCACUCGUGUUGCCAGCAGAAUCUUCUAGCCUUCCAGGCUGCAAACAUAAAUAUACCCAUUCAAUACUAG